UCUUGUUAUUUAAAUAUCCUAUAAUUGAUUACUCGAUUACAAAUGAUAACCUAUGCAAAUUUUUUGAAUGGGAUAAAAAGCCAUCGAUAGAAGCCAUAAUCGGAGAGUUAGAGAUAUUAUUAUCCUUCAUUGAUAGACCGGAUGAAGAUAGUAAUACGAUUAAAGAAAAUGAAAAUUAUAUCUAUUCAAUUUAUGAAUAUUUAAAUAACAAGACUGAUGAUUACAUUGACUCUUUGAAGAAAGAGUUAUCAGAAAAAGAGUGGAUUCUAAACGAGUCCAAUAUUUAUUCAACAAAAAGACUGGUAUUCACUCUUCCCACCUGUAUUAAGAAUACUGAGUGGAUUCAAGUUUCCAAGCAUAAUAAAGAACAUUUUUCACAACUUCUUGAGAAGCUUGGAGUAAAACCAAAACUUGAAAUUUUGGAUUAUGUAGAUAUACUUAAAAGCUUAAACAUUGAAUGUGAUAAUGUUAUAGAAAUACUUGAAUAUUUAUCAAAAGAAGAUGUAAAUUUAGAAGAUUUACUGAUUCCAAAUAUGCAUGGUGUGAUGAAAGUCCGAACAGAUAUUUUUUUUAAUGAUAUUAAUAAAAACAAUGAGGAAUUAAUAGAGAAACAUCGAGAUAUUUUAACACAUCAUAAAAUUACAAGUGAACUAGCAAAAAGACUAAAGAUUAAAAAUUUCAAUGAAAAUUUUUUUUUGAAAAAUAAAAUGUUUGGCUUUGAUGUCGAAAUAUUAACCUCAAGAUUUAUUGACACUCUUAAAGCUUUCAAUUGUGACAUAGCGGUAUUUCAAGAAUUUCUCAAAAAUGCAGAUGAUGCAAGUGCAACCCAGUUCUGUGUAAUCCUUGAUUAUAAUGAUUAUCGAGGAUCCAACAAAUCGUUAAUGAAAGAAGAGAUGAAUGAUUGGCAAGGACCUUCAAUAUGGAUAUUUAAUGAUAAACAAUUUUCUGAAAAUGAUUUCAAAUCAAUUAUCAAUGUUGAUUGUAAUAAGAAGCCUAACAAAAUUGGAAAAGAAGGGCUUGGAUUUAUUUCAUGUUACAAUUUAACAGAUUUACCACAAUUAAUAUCGAGUAAUAAAAUUGUAUUUUUCGAUCCACAAAAGAAAUUUCUUCCUAAUAAUAAGUGUGGUAGUGUGUUCUGUUUCGAUGAUUACAGAAAAGAAGGCAAAAGUCAUUUUAUCAAUAUGUUUGAAGAUCAGUUUGAACCAUACUUAAAACUUAAUAGAGAUAUGUUUAAAUUUGAUUUUAAUGAUAAAGAAUAUAGUAGAACGUUGUUUAGAUUACCUCUUAGAACAACAGAAAGUAAAAUUUCUGAUAAAAAAUAUUCGGUUGACGAUAUUAAAAAUAUUUUGCAUACUUUAAAAGGUGGUAUAGCCUCUCAUCUAAUUUUUCUGCGAAAUAUAGAAACAUUUGAAGUUUAUGAAAAAAGAUGCUCGCAAAAUGAAGAACUUUUAUGGAAGGUCGAAGUUAAGGAGAAUAGUUCAAACCGAAAAUUCUUUGGACAAGGUCCACAGGAAUUCCAACUCGAUAUACAACUUACUGAAAGAAAUUACACAACAGAAAUUGUAAAGUGGCUUAUAUGCUCUGAUUCUGUUUCAAAUGAUAAAUCUAUACCUAGUGAUACAUGGGGCGGUGUAGCAAUAUCAAUUUCAGAUAUUUAUAAUGAACUAUAUUUAAAGGGACGAUAUUAUUCGUAUCUUCCACUUCAAAUCUUUACAGAGCUUUCUGUAAAUUUGCAUUCAAAUAAUUGGUUGCUUACGCCAGGCCGGAGCCGAUUUAACUGGAACGACACGGAUGCAUUAGAUAAUAUUUUGGGAAAAGUUCUUCCUCAAAUCCAUGUAAAACUUUUAACAGAAUACAUAAAGUAUAUAGAAAAAGAACAAAAAAAAGUAGAUUGGCAAUUUAUUUCUGAACUUUGUUCGAUACUGGAAAACGAGCGGUCUUUAGCAUACAAAUAUGUAAAAAAGGUGCUUAAGCUCAUAUGUGAAGGCACAUAUAAAAUAUUUUGGUCACCUUCUGAGGGUGGAUCAUAUAUCAGCUUUAGGCAAAGCUGUUUCAUAGAUAAAAAUACAUCAAUAAAUGUUACUAAUUUCCUUAAUGAGAAUGGAUAUUGUACAGUUUUAUUAGACCGAGAACAUUUAGAAAAAUUCGAAAAAUUAGGAUUUACUCCUCAAAAAGUCAAUCCUCAAUUUGUUCGAGAUAUCUUGAAAAAUAAAAAAUUUGUAUUGGAUCCAUCGAAUUUGGAACUUUCUUGUUCUUUAUUGGGUUAUAUUCUUGAUGAACUAUAUGAAGAACUUGCGGGUAUUAGACUAGUUCCAUUAUUCGGAAAUAGAUUUGGAGAAUUUGGGAAAAAUUAUUAUAUUGUUUCAUCUAAACAAUUUGAAUUAUUUCCCAAGGUUGGACCAAAUUAUUUUAUUUCUAUUGAAAAGUUAGAAGAAAUGGAACUAGACAAAAUAUUUAUGAAUGAAAGAUUUCUCGAGGUUACAAAUAUUAAAAAAUUUACUGCGCUUACAAUUAAAGAUCUUUUAAUUGAAGAACUAGGAGAAUUAAAUGAUGGUUUGGAAUUAAAUUGGAAUCCUAGUUCACAAAAAUUCCGAAUCAAAAAAAUAUAUAAUCUAUCUAAUCCUGAUCAACAUAAACUUAUUAGUUUAAUAAAUGCAAAACAUAGACCAUUACUGGUCUAUUCUAAUAAUGCAGAAGAUAUAAAUAUAGUUCAAAAAUUAGUAAACCUUGGAAUCCGGUUCACCAAACAUCAAUAUAGAACAGAACUUGAUGAUUACAUUUUAAAAGCUUUAAAAAAUAAUAAUGAAGCUAAAGAGAUUAUGUGUCAAUAUUUUUGUAAAACUUUAACUUUAAAUAACAUAGUUUACACAUUUAUAUUGAAAAGAUUACCUAUACUGAAAAGCUUACCUAUAUGGCCAACGCAUACUGUGGAAUCUGCAAAUACAGUAUACAGAUCUGUUUUAGAUUCUAAUACAUAUCUUAUACCAACGCCAUUUACAUUUCAACCACUAAAUGAAUGUAGAACUUAUUAUUAUAAUACAAAAUAUCCAAAUAUGCGAAAACUAUUAGAAUUUUUAAAAGUCAAAGAACGAACUAAAUUAGAUUAUAUAAAAGAUGCUAUUGUUCCUAGUACCACAUCAAUUCCUCAGCAUGUGCAAGAUGACUAUUUAAAAUUUUUAAUUGAUAUAUUUUCAGAUAAUAAUUUUGAUGAAAUAAAAAAUUAUAUCAAGGAACUAGAAAUUUUUCCAAAUCAAACUUUUAAAUUUUGUCGUGCAAAAGACUUGUUCGACCAGAAUAAUCUUCUUUUUAAAAAUAUUUUUGAAUUCUCCGAUAAAUUGUUCAUAAACGAUCUUCAAAAUAAUCAAGAAUUCAUAGAGAAACUCAAAGAAAUGGGUUUAAAAAGUAAUAUUACUCCUGAAAUAUUUAUUGAAUGUUCCGAAGAAAUUCAAGCUAAUUUUAAAAGGCAUGAGCAUGAUGUAUCCAAAAUAAGCAAAAUAAUGCAAUCAGCAAAGUUAACAGUCGAUUAUUUUUAUCAAGAUCAAUCAGAAUUAAAAUUUCCAAAAGAUAAGUGGAAUAAAUUGUCAAAAAUUAGAUUUAUUCCGAUUUCAAAAAAUUUAGAAUUUCCACAUUCAUAUAAUGAUGAAGACGUUUUAAAUAAUUAUUCUGGCUUAGGUUUACCCACCAUCCCAACAAUAAUCAACCAUUUAAUAACAAUUCAAGAAACGGUUUCUAAAUCAGUUGAAUGGAGAAAUUUUGAUAAAGAUGGAAAGCAACUAUUUGAAGCAAUAAAACAAGUUUAUGAGAAAUUGUCAAAACCUUUAGUUGAAAAGGAUGAAAAAGAUGAAAAAGAAUUAAAAGACUUGAGUUUUUGCUUCCCUAAAGAUAAACCGCUCUUUUUGAAUAGCACUAAUCCAUUCGAUUCAGAAAGUUGGGUUGUUGCUUCCCAACUUGUUUUGAAUAUUAAAAAUAACUUCAGUUAUAAGAGAAGAGCCGUUAAUCCUUACCUUCAAGAAUACAAGGAAUUUUUAAGUUUCGCUGGUGCAGGUACAUUUGAAGUUCCUCAUUGGGGAAAAAGUGACCCAAUUGAGAAAAAUUCUCAGCAAUUGUCUAAAUCGGUUUUGGAAUUCUUAAAAAAUGAAGAUCAGACACCAUUUAAUAAUGUUUUAUUUCGUGUUGGCUAUGAAAAGCAAAAAAAUUUAUGCAAAUUCAUCAAUAUUAAUAUUAGGCCUAAUUCAUUUAAAGUCUUGUUAAAUUGGUUAUAUGGAGAAAUUUUUUCUGAAGCUAUUAAAAGUAUUGAAAGUGAUGAACUUUUUCAAAUCUAUGAGGAUUUACUAUUAGCAUCUGAAAAGUUCGAACUUGAAUCGCUUAAAGAAUUAAUUGAAUCUAACUUAGUUAAAUAUAUUUAUGAAAAUUUAACUAAUAAUACUUUAAAAACAGUUAAAGGCUUGGCAGAUAAAUAUAUAUUAGUGGAUCUUCUUAAUUAUUAUAACCCAUAUAUUCAACAUAAUAAAGAGAUUAUUAAUACACCUUUACAGCCAGAAAAAAGAAUUUUCGAUGCACCAACUUCAAAGAAACAAGAGAGACGACCGAAAAAACUCUAUAUUGGUAACGCGUACUCUUCUAAUAUUGAUUUUGAAGUUGCAGAACCUAUUAUCGUUAAAAAUUCAACAAUACCAGAUUGUGAUCGUUUUCGUAUGAGAAGAGUAAAAGUUGAUUCGGAAAAUAAUCCAUUUGUAAAUUGGAAAAUUAUGCCAAACCUCUUCGAAGUUCCUAAAAAUUAUUACGCUCGAUGCACAAAAACUGAAACUGUAAUUAAUGGAAAACGUAUACGUAUUGAUGGAUUUUCUGUUGUACCUAUGAAUAUGGAUUCUGAUGCAUUCUUUGAGAUGGAAAUAGAACUUAAUGAAGGGUUCAGUUAUUGUGUUUUUAAUUAUCAAGAAGAGGAUACUAUUGAAGAUUUGAAAGAUCAAGAUAAAGUCGAAAUACGCGAUGAUCAUAAAUUUGAUGAAAAUACAAAUAUAUCGCAAGAUAAAAGAUCUUAUAAUGGCGAGACACCACAGAUAAAGAAAGAUGAAGUGAAUAAUAAGAAUGCAAAUAUGAAUAACAAAGAACAUAACGAAAUUAAAAGAGAUGUAGCUGAAGUCGAACAUUUGGUAAACAAUUCGAAUUCUAAAUCAUCAUCAUUUAACGAGAAAAUACGAUAUGUAUUAAAGGGUAGUCGAUUCGUUCCUGAAAAUGAUAUUACGGAUAUGUUUUCAUCUGUUCAAUUGUAA